ACUAUUUAAUUGAAAAUAUAUUAUAAACUAGCUGUGUCAAUUAAUUUAAAUACAAAAUGUGCGACAAAGUGAUGGAUAAAAAGUGUCUGAUUUGCGGCGAUAAAGCGUUGGGCAAUAACUUCGACGCCCUGUCCUGUGCCUCGUGUAAGGCUUUCUUUAGGCGACACGCCGUCAAACCUGAGUCCCUUAAGUGCUGUUACGGUAAUAAAUGCCGCAUUGAUUUGAAAACAAGGACUAAAUGCAAAAAGUGUCGAAUCGACAAAUGCUUCGCUAUGGGAAUGAAUAAAGAAAAGCGAAACAAUUUAAUCAAAACUAAUCGACAAAAGCGUGAAUUGAAUACAAAGACUAAUAGCAAGGUCUACACGACAUACUCGACAACAGCGUCGGAUUCCAGUAAUAGCCAAACGGAUGACAGUGUGGGCUAUACUUCGGACUCAAACACUACUGUCCGACAAAUGGGCGACACAUACGACUCGGACCUUAAAUCCCAUACCAAACACACCACUCAUGACACCAAUGAUUACCACAAAGACAUCACAGACUCCGAGAUCAUAGACUUCUUGGACUUCAUGAGUGAUGUGCGCAAACCUGAGGGACAGUCGGUGUCCGUCAUACCUAUCUAUCGACCGCUUAUGGACUAUAGAAACCAAUUGAAUGACUUAGAGAGCAGUAAACUCCGGGAACUAUUGACGGCUACCGAUAGUAUCAGGGUAUGGCCGGUGACGGCCUGGGAGAUCCGAAAUAAUUGGGUGAUGUUUCACAAGAUUAACGAGCAGACUAUGAAAAUGAUACAAAUGUCCAAAAGGUUGUCCGCAUUCAAUAGUCUGUGCGAAAAUGAUAGGAUAUCCCUCAUAAAGUACGGCUGUUUCGCGCUGUAUUACAUGAGUAUAGUUCCCAAUUAUAACACAGAUAAGGACUGCUGGAGCUUUGAGACGUGUACUAAAGACAAAGUUAAAUUCCCCUUGGAAACGUAUAGGAGUAAACCACUAGGAGUAUAUGAGCAAUAUAAAUUAUUUUAUCAUAAAAUAUGCGGCGAGUGGGAUAUGGAUCCUGUAGUUCUCGACCUGAAAAAACGGACACUCACUGUAGGAAUAGGCACUCAGUCCAUACCCUUUGACCUCUUGAGGGAGAUAUUCGCCGAUAACUCUAAUACGGCAUCUAAUAUAUUGGUUUAUUAA